AUGCAGCGUCCAGCCGCCUCCGAGCCGGCCGCGCCGCUCAGUUACCUGGACGUGCUACGCUACCACGAGCUCUGCCAGUCGCUCGACUUCAGCAUCGAGCACAUCCUGGCCGACGGGCGCGGCCGGCAGCAGAGCGAGCCCGGCAGCCAGCAGCAGUACAACUGGCUCAGCUGCACCCGCUACAAGCCACCCAAGCUGUCGCGCCCGAAGAAAGAAGGUGUCCAGAAGCGGCGGCUGGGCCGCAACCCUCGCAUCCCCUUCUCCACGCACCAGAUCGCCCUCCUCGAGCACAAGUUUCGCCACAAGCAGUACCUGAGCAGCUAUGACGUCACAGAGCUGGCCUCGCUCCUCUGCCUCUCACAGACUCGGGUGAAGAUCUGGUUCCAGAACCGUCGCGCGCGGGAGCGCAGGGACCACGAGUCGCGCUGCCGCACCGAGCUGCCCUCCACACUGUCAGCGUUCCGGCCGGUGGUGGCGGCGGCCGCCUCUCCCGCGGAGCUGCCGCCUCCAGACGCGGACCGUCACCAGGGCUCAGCAGCGGCCGCGGAGACGCUGCAGCCCUGA